AUAGCAAACCAUUCGUUCAGUAACACACGAGAGCUGAAACCGAUUAAAUCGAAAAAACAAAUUUUCAUUGGGGAAAUUCCAGCAACUUUUUAAACAACAACGAAAUACAACACACCAUGGAUACCGGGGAAAUCAGCCUAAGUCCCGAACAAAUUAAGGAGAUUCGGGAGGCUUUCGCCGUUUACGACAAAGACAACACCGGCGCGAUCACCUGCCGCGAGCUGGGGGUCGUUAUGCGCUCCCUGGGACAGACGCCCACCGAGGCCGAGCUGUACGACAUGAUCGAGGAGAUCGACGCGGACAACAACGGCACGAUUGAGUUCGUCGAGUUUCUCCAGAUGAUGUCCAAGAACUAUCAGGUGCUCAACAAGGACGAGUCCGUGAGGGCCGCAUUCGUUUUGUUCGAUCGCGACGCCGAUGGGUUUAUAUCAGCGCAGGAGAUGAAGGCCGUCAUCCUCAGUCUGGGGGAGAAGAUGAGCGACCAGGAGUUCGACGAGAUGUUCCGAGAGGUCGAUUUGGACAACGAUGGGCAGCUAAGCUUCGAUGAGUUUCUUUAUGCAUAUAGAAACUAGUGCCCGAUUGAAUUAUAUAUUUUCCUUCUCUUUA